AUGAAUUUGAAUGAUUUGGACAUUUACUGGGAUAUCCUCAAGACCGUUCUAGGCUUCAUUGCAAAGCAAACGGUCCAGAAAGGACAGGCAAUCGUCCAUCGGUAUACAUACCGCUCCACCCCAGAUCCACGCAAUGUCGUCGUUGUCGGUGGCUCGUUUGCAGGAUCGCUUCUUGCUCAACAACUUUCUCACACAGUCCCUUCGGGUUAUCGGGUAAUACUCAUUGAGAUGAAUUCUCACUUCAAUUACGCCUUUGCCUUUCCUCGCAAUACCGUCUUCUCCGGAAGAGAGCAUCACGCCUUCAUCUCGUACGAGAACCUUGCCAAAGGAGCCCCCGAAGGCAUCUUUCACCAUUACUGUGACCAAGUUACCGACGUGACAGAGUCACACGUCAACACAGCUAAUGGCAUUUCCUUGCCUUAUGAGUACCUCAUCGUUGCAACAGGCGCUGCACAGCCACCACCAGCACGGCUGGUAUCCAAGAACAAGAGUGACGGCAUUGAAGAACUCAGAGGUUUCCAACAGCGCAUCGGCAAGGCGGACAGAGUUGCUGUAAUUGGAGGAGGAGCCGUGGGAAUUGAGCUGGUGACGGAAAUCAGAGAGAGAUAUCCUGGUAAAGAGGUGACGCUCAUUCACUCUAGACAACGGCUACUUCCUCGAUUUGGACCCAAGCUUCAUGAUUAUGUCAUGGCAACUCUCAAGAAGCAGAAUAUCGAAAUCUUGCUGGGCGAGAGGCCGCCUUAUCCAGAUGAUGCUGGACAAAGAGUCCAAGAGACCAGUCUUACCCUUGCCGAUGGAAAAGAAAGGACCUGGGACUUGGUGAUCCCUUGCACAGGUCUUCGUCCACGAUCCGAACUACUGGCAGGAUACUCCCCGAAGAGUAUCGCUUCCAGUGGCGAGAUCUUGGUAGGGCCGACUCUCCAAGUUGAGAAUCUGCCCUUAUCGAAAAAGAACAUAUUUGCUCUUGGCGAUGUGGCCCAAUCUGGUGGUCCGAAGCAAGCUCGAGCUAGUAUCAUGCAGAUCGAUAUCGUGGUCAAUAACCUACUGCGACUCAUGAAAGGUAGCCCAGCUGAGGUCGAAUACGUCCCUCAUUUCUUUGAGAACACACUCAAGUUGACAUUGGGAAAGCGAUUGUCUGUCAUUUGGGCUCAAAAGGGCGAUUACGAAUGGAUGAAAGAGUCCAAGAAAGAAGAUGAGGAUCUGAACGUCAAUCAGACAAGAAGACAAUUGAACGCAAAGGCGGAGGAGUCAUGA